GUUUACUGCAUACUGCAAACAAAAAACCUCCCCUUGGUGCUUCUGUGCAGCUGCAUUUAACGAUGGCUGCGUGUAAAACGGAGGAGGUUGAUAUCGUUAUGGACGGCUCGGAGGAAAGCGUGAAUAGUGAUGAAGAACAAGACGAGACGAAAGAAUUGGAUGAAUCCUCGGACAAGGAGAGCGUGGACUCUGCAGUGGAGGACAUGUCCAACGAUGAUCUCGAAGAUCUUCUGAAUGAGUUUCCAGAAGUCUCAGAUGAUGAUGAUGACUGGUUUCCAGAGUCCACUCCACGAAAAAAGAAGAGAUCUGGUCUGUCUUCUGUAUCACCAUCUCCAGCAAAGUCUUGCAGGUCUGGAUCACCUGCCUCUGUGCAAAGUAGCAAAGGGAAAGAUAGGAAAAGCAGCACGAGACGAUCCCUACCUUUCUCCAAAAGCAUCUCCGAGGAGAGGUGGAGAAGUGCAGAUGAGCCUGAUAUUGAGCCAACACAGCCAAUAUUCAGACCUAAAAACACACCCGGCCCACAGUUAAUCUCCACUGCAACAUGCAGUCCUCUGGAUUAUUUUGAGUUGUUCUUCACAAAAUCAGUGCUGAAGACAAUUGUAGAACAUACAAAUGCAUAUGGAGCCAUGCGUCAAGAAGGAAAGAAGCUGCCAUGGGAGGAUAUUACAAUAAAAGAUCUAAGGUCAUUCAUAGCACUGGUGAUUUAUAUGGGCGUGCUGAAAUGCUUCACGCUGCCAGACUACUGGAAAACAUCAGACUUAUACAGUCUGCCGUAUCCUGCACGAAUCAUGACUGGGAAGAAAUUUCUUAGAAUCUCUAGGGCUCUCCAUAUUAGUGAUCCCAAAGUGGAUGCAGAGAAUGACAAGAAGAGGGGAACACCUGAAUACGACCGCCUGUGUAAGAUCAAGCCGCUGUACGAGGACAUUAGGGAUGCCUGCAGAGCCUCUUUCCAUCCCUUUCAGAACAUCUCCAUUGAUGAACGAAUGGUGGCCUCAAAGGCUAGAAAUGGACUCAAACAAUACAUGAAAAACAAACCUACAAGAUGGGGGUACAAACUUUUUGUACUGGCGGAUUCCCUCUGUGGCUACACAUGGGACUUCUUCAUUUAUGAAGGAAAGGCAAAAUCUGAGGAGAGAAAAGGUAUUAGCUAUGACUCUGUCGUGAUUCUGGCAAACGAAAGGUUGUUGGGAAGCGGCUACAAGCUGUUCGUUGACAACUUUUACACCAGUCCCAAACUCUUCAGAGACCUGCUCCGUAAAAAGAUCUGGGCUUGUGGCACCGUUCGCGCGAACCGCAUUGGCCACUCAAAGACAAAGGCUGCUCGCGGCAAUAUUCGCUGGUUUAGGGAAGACGAUCUGCUGUUUGUUGAGUGGAAGGACAAGAGGGAUGUGCUGAUGUGCUCCACCUUUCAUAAAGCCUUUAAUGGGGACUCCAUAAAGAGGAAUGUGAAAGGAGCCGAUGGAGUUUGGGCCCUUCAGGAUUUCCCUGUUCCACCCGCAGUGCUGGACUACAACAAGCACAUGGGAGGAGUGGAUCUGUCUGACGCACUUAUUGGAUAUUACACAGUUCUGCAUAAAACACAAAGGUGGUAUCGGUCCUUCUUUUUUCACUUUGUGGACAUCGCUGUAGUCAAUGCCUUCAUUCUGCACCAGCACAUGGCCAAGAUGAAGAACCAGAAGCCUCUGACCCAGAAGGCCUUCCGGGAGAAGCUUGUUUCACAGCUUGCAUCUCCCCGUCCAAAAGUACGCGCGACUCUUACCCCAUACUCCCAUUUGCCCAAGCACAUCAGUGGGGACAGCACCAGUGGAAGACGAAAAUGCAAAAUGUGCCACAACAAAACUCCAGUCAUGUGUGUGACUUGUGAUGUGGCGUUGUGCUUCAUUCCUAAGCGUGAUUGUUUCACUAGGUGGCAUUACCCAGAUAGCGGUAGCGAGAGUGAGUAGUACUGGGAUUUUGAGUCUAGAUUGAACCUCAUAGAUGAGUGCAACCUCAAAUACAAAAAAGACAAAACUCAGAAUUGGAGCAUAAAAUUUGCAUAGUAGUGUGAAUCGAAUGCAAUGAGAGUGGAAUAACAUCUGCAACAUCAAACAUACAGUACAGCGCAACCAAUGAAUUGGGAUCUGUUACCGUUUUUUAUGCCUACUUAACCCUUGUGAGACUUAAAUUAGUGUAGUUACUAAAAAUGUGCAAAUAUUUAAUAAAAUGCACAAAACGUAUACUAUACUGCAUUUUUGAGUAGUUAUAGAAUCGAUCUAAUCAUAUAAAGAAUCAGUAAUCAAUUCUUUUAAAUGAAAUCGGACCUAAAAAAAGAAAUUGUUGAAUUCUUUGAUUCUGAUUGCUACUUUUUCUUGUACAUGUACUUGAUUUUCGAAAGGUUUAGGUGUUGAAGCAAUGUCAAACAAUUUUAAUCAUGCUGUUUCUCGUAAUAGUGUAUUUCAUGCAAAAUAUUCCUGGUUUAUUCAUGCAACAUAAUGCCUUUAAUCUCCUAAUUGCCCAAUUUAAUUCACGCCAACGUUAAUCUUAGAUUAAAUUCAGUCUUAUAUUAAUCUUACAUUAAUUUAACAGCUGUUGUAAAUUGAGCGCACUCCUGCUAAAAUUUCUCCAUCGCUGUUUAUUCUUUGAUAAAAGAAGGAAGGUUAGGAAAGUUCACACUACAUGAUCGAGACACUAGCCAAAUCACUCACUACACAACAAGAUUUCUUCUCAUCUGUCAUAUUACACAACACAACGCUAAAAAGGUGCACACACUACAAGACAUUAAGUGAAGAGGCGUUCCCGACCAUCAGCAAAACUAAGUUUUCUCACAUAAAUUCUUGUGAGAAAUUACAAGGAUUUAUAGGCAAUUUCUUCAAGCAUGGACGAUCAACUAGCCCUUCAAUUGGUCUGUGCAGUUAUUUUCUCCAAAAGAAAGAAGAAACCACGACAUAAGAGAAUAUGGCAGAAACAAGGCUUGGAAGACGUUGACUGUCACUAGCCUACGGCAGAAAGAGUUGGAGGUAAUUAAACAGUACAUUGAUAAGUUGAUUUGAGGAAUUUUUGGCUUUUUGUUUCUGUUCAUAAAGAUGGAUAAUAAGUGUUUAUACCAUCUGCACUGUGAUUGGCUAGAUUAAUUCAAUCUUGUUAGCAGGGCCUUUCGCACCGCGGGAACCUUUUCACAGUACCAGAACUAAUUGUGGAACUACCCACUUUUGGUGUUUUUGCACCGCCGGAACUGGGUGCAAUUUUAGUACCGACUGCCUUUUUCGAGAACCAAAUUAGCUCCUACUCCAGAGCAGGGUCUAACCAGCACAACUGGUACUGCCCGUUAUGUAAGUAGACAUUGAUUGGCCAAACGCGUACAAAAACGCCCUCACCCGC